AUGUCGUCGACCGAGGACCUCGAGGAGCUCCGGCGGUGGAAGGGCGCGCUCGAGGAGGGGCUGAUCAGCGAGGCCGACUACGAGCACAUGAAGGAGUCCUACCUCCUCGCCCAGCGCAUCCGUCAGGGCAUCCACGCGGGGUUCAUCGCCAAGGAGGAGUACCACGAGUUGCGGCGGGCCUUCCUCGCCAAGCUGGAGGUCCCGAACGCCGCGCGAGCCCCGCCCGCAGCGGCCGCUGCGCGCCACGGCGACACCGGCCGGCACUACCAGAGCAACCAGGAGUCGCUGCACAAGCAGCAGCCGCCACCAGCGCAGCGCGCGCCGUCGCCCUCCCACGCGCCCGCGCCGCAGCCCCCGGCGCCGCGCGCACCGCCGUCGCACCCGCCGAGGAUGCCGUCCGGGGGCGUGAGCGGCCCGGCGUCCCGCACGAACUCCGGUCCGAACGUGGCCGCCAUGGGCAAGGUGCCGAACAACAUGGCGGGCAUCGCGUUCGACGGCAACAUCACGCAGGAGUACCUCAACAUGCGCGUGCGCUCCGCGUACCGCUGGAUGAUGUUCCGCAUCGAGCGCGGGUGCGUCGUGAUCGACGACUGCGGCGGGGGCGCGCCCGGCGCGGACCCGCUCUCGCACGCCGCGUGGGACGAGAUGGUGUCGCGGUUCGGGCCGGAGCCGCGCUACUGCGUGUACGACCACAAGUUCGCGAGCGUGGACGGCGGGACGUUCAACAAGCUGGUCUUCGUCGCGUGGUCGCCGGACAACGCGCCGGCGAGGCUCAAGAUGGAGUACGCUGCGGGGAAGAAGGCGCUGAAGGAGAACCUCGAGGGCAUCACCGCGGAGGUGCAGGCCACCGAGCACUCCGAGCUCGACUUCAACGACAUGGACGCAAAGAUCAAAGGGUUCGUCCGGAACUGA